AUGAGUAUGAGGAGCAAGUUCACUUACUUGCAUUUAACCAAGAAUUUUAGUUACUUUAAAAAGUUGGGCAUAAAAGGACCCAAACCUGUGAUAAUAUUCGGUAAUCUAUUGGAUCUGCUGUUUGUUUCAAAGCCCGACCUCGAAGUGAAGCGAUUGAAACAAUUUGGCACAAUCUAUGGAAUAUUCGAAGGCAAUAAACCGCUGAUACAAGUGGCGGAACCCGAACUCAUCAAACAGAUUCUGGUGACCGACUUUCGGCUGUUCAACACCAAAGUGCGGAUCACAAACAUCGGUCACCCCGUCAUCGAACGUAUGCUGGUGUCAGUGCGGGGCGACGCGUGGCGGCGCACGCGCACAGCUGUGAGCCCGGCGUUCGCCAUCGGACGCAUGCGCAGACAGUACGCGCAGAUUCGCCACUGCGUCGGCGCGCAACUGGUGAACCAAUUGCAGACCUGCGCCAACAACUGCGCGCCCGUCGACGUGAAGCGCAUGUAUGGCUGUUUCACACUAUCGGCGAUGACGUGGUGCGCGUUCGGCGCCCGCACUGACCCCUACCGCGAUUUCGGGCACCCGUUUGUGGCCAACGCGUGGCCCGUAUUUAAGCUCCCGCUGUGGAAACUGUUGGCCCUACAGGUGUUGCCCCGCUUUGUAUUACGUGUUUUGCGUUUAAACUCGUUGUUUAAUGAGAAAUGUAUCGCAAAUAUUACCCAAACUAUACUUAAGAUUAUGCGCGCGAAAGAGAGCGCCGGCGAUAAAAGCGAUGAUUUUAUUAAUGUUGUUAUGAACUCAAAACUGGGACCCAAUGAAGAACUGCCCGAUGAUAAUAAUCCUGAUGAUGAGGAGAAUCUGGUGAUGCGAUCCAAGACUGACGACAAUAUUGGGACCAAAAAGUCGCUCACAGAGGAGGAGAUCGUCGCCCAGGGGUUCAUAUUCUUUACGGCAGCCUUCGAUCAAAUGGCAAACCUGUUGUCAUUCAUAACGUAUGAGUUGGCGCUCAAACCCGAAGCGCAGGACCGGCUCUACGAAGAGAUCGCCGCCGCUGUGGACGCGGACGGAGAGAUCGGUUACAACGAGUUGUCGCGUUUGCCAUACAUGGAUGCGGUGGUCAACGAGACACUGAGACUGCACGCGGCGCCCGUCAAACUGCGGCGAACGCCGGGUAGAGAUUUCCCGUUGGGCGACACCGGGAUUGUGGUGCCGCGCGGACAGCCCCUAGAGAUACCCAUCUAUGCUAUCCAUCAUUCCGAUAAAUUCUACCCGAACGCCGAUCAGUUCAUUCCCGACCGGUUUUUGCCCGAAAACCGUCACAAUUUAAAGCCGUAUACAUUCAUGCCGUUCAGCACCGGUCCCCGCGUUUGUGUGGGAAAGCCCUUCGCGCUAAUGGAGGCUAAGCUGGCGUUAGUUCACGUGUUGCGCCGCUUCCGGUUCGCCGCCCAUAAGGACACAAAAGUGCCGCCAAUUGUUAAGACACACCCAAUGAUGAAAUCACUGGAAUCGCUGUAUAUCUCGGUUGAGGCCAGAGAUUAG